CCUGGAUCAGCCGCACGUUCACUGUCUGCUUCCAUUCCCAAAACUGUUGUAAUAUUUGUGUCAUUACCUAUGAAUAGCCAAUGGCAAAGAGGAAAUCGUAUUGGGCGCGGUUCAUUUGAAAGUGUUUACAUUGCCAACAACAGGUUUAUAUGUUUGAUGUCCUUCUUGUGCUAGUUUCUUUACCUGCAUCAAUGUCUUUAGUACAGUUACACUUUUCUUACAGGAAUACUCGAGCUUUAUGUGCAACAAAGGAAGUUGAAAUAUUUCCUGAUGACACAAAAUCUGCAGUCUCUAUAAAGCAGUUAUGGCAGGAAAUCAAACUUCGCAGUGAGCUGAAGCAUCCAAAUAUUGUGCAAUAUUAUGACAGUGAAAUAGUUGAUAGCUGGUUUCCUAUAUAUCUGGAGUAUGUUCCUGGAGGUUCAAUCAAAAAAUAUAUAAAGGAUAAUGGAGCCAUGCCAGAAUCUGAUGUUCGCCGGUUUACUACCCAUAUUCUCUCUGGGUUGGAUUACUUGCAUAGUGAAAAUAUAGUUCACAGGGACAUCAAAGGGGCUAAUUUGCUCAUUGAUUCAUCUGGAGUUGUCAGGCUUGCUGAUUUUGGGACGGCUAAACGUAAGAUGUGUCUAAUAUUGGGCUUAAGAAACUUGGGACUUAUUGUUGCACAGCUUGCUCUACUCGCAGACGCAACUAAGCUUUAUUUCAUUGGAACUGCACACUGGACAACUCCAGAGCUCAUGCAUGGUUUGGAGCCUUCCAGCCCCGAUGCUGUUCUUGCUGUAGAUACUUGGAGUGUGGGUUGUACUGUUCUUGAAAUGUUAACUGGAAGACUUCCCUGGGGUAAUCUUGAACCGGUUAUAAUGGGUUCUUGUAUUCAGUUGUUUUUUGGGCCUUUUGGCACUAUUGAUUCGUGAAGCAAUGACAAGAGAGAGAGAGAUCGAUGGCGGUGGUGUUGCUUGUUUUUUACUUUUUUAUUUUACUCGGAGUUUCUCUGUUCUUAGUACUUAUCCAUUACAGUCCUCUCAAGCCCAUUUGCUCUAGCAACUUAGAAAGCACUUGAAGUACCCAAAGCAAUUGGAGAUUUGAAAUAAUAUUAUAAAUGGUAGUGUUUUGGAUUCCGAAUAAUCUUAGUGUUUUGUAAUCAUUAUGUAUUGGAAUUGGGAUGAAAGUAUCAUUGAUAUAGAACAAUGUUGUGGAAUGGUUAUGUAU